CCCGGUCCGGCCCGAGCAUGUCCGCCUCGGCCUCGGGCAGCGGCCCCGGCCCCGGGCCCGGCCCCCAGCACAGCCAGAGCCAGAGCCGGGCCAUCCCCACCCGCACCGUGCCCAUCAGCGACGCCGCGCAGCUACCUCACGACUACUGCACCACGCCCGGGGGGACGCUCUUCUCCACCACGCCGGGGGGAACCCGAAUCAUCUAUGACCGAAAAUUCUUGUUGGAUCGUCGAAAUUCUCCCAUGGCUCAGACCCCACCUUGCCACCUCCCUAAUAUUCCAGGAGUCACCAGUCCUGGUGCCUUGAUUGAAGACUCCAAAGUGGAAGUGAACAAUUUGAACAAUCAUGACAGGAAACCUGCUGUGGGGGAUGAUGCUCAGUUUGAGAUGGACAUCUGAUCAGUCUCCAGAUGACAGGAAGCAGCAGCUCCGAUGCCUGCAUGUACCUGCUUUGACCAAUAGGAUUGAGAACUGAAAAGACAGAAGAGGCAGUAGCAGCACCCUCCAUUGCAGUCUCCACUUCAUCCUCCAGGUGCCAAAGGAUCAGAAGACUAGCUCCCGUUCACUGACUUCUCUUCUCUGCUCCAGUUUCCCUUGCCCCAGUUCGACCACAUCAAGGCCCCUAGCGUAUUCCUGCAGAGGCAAAAAGCUACAUGGGAAGGGAGCUGACUUUUUGCUCUCCUGCUCAUCUUUCCGUCAAGGUGGAACGCUCACUUCCAUGCCAAGCUAGAUGCCAGUUCCCAGCUAUCCUGGGGCGGGAGUCAGAUGUAGGUUUGUUGGGUUUGUUGGGUUCAACAUUAUCUAUUUUCCUUCCCCUUUGGCCUUCUGUCCCUCAUGUGUUUCAGUACUGUCAGAAGGCAGGUUGCCUGUAUUUUGACUUUGAGAGCUGUCAUGGGUAGGAGGGGAAAUGAGUUGCUAGUUACCUUGACCUUGGGUGCCCCUUGAGGGAGGAACGCUCUCUCAAAUGCUUUUGUGAAACCCCAGCUUGUGACUGCUUGUCUGCUAAUGCUCCAUUGCCUCACUCCCAUCCCUUUCCUCUGCCUUCUUUCCUUUGGGGAGGCAUGUCCUCUGCCCAGGAUGCGCCCCUGCCUAGCCAUCCUUUCCCCUCACCUACCCGUUUGAACAGAACUUUUUAAAACUUUGUACUUAGAGGGAGCCAUUAGUACCCAGCUACUGUGCCUCUUCUCUUAUUCCUUUCCCCUAAAAUUCCUGUUUUCAGAAACUAAUUUCCCUUGUUCUUCUCAAACGUCUAAGGGACUCCAUCAGCACCAAGAGCAGGUCUGUACCAAGGUAAAGGGGCAGUGUUGGCAUCUACCUUGUGGAUGGCUUACAUUGUUGUUCUUUCUUUGAUUCUAGACUUAAACUUGAAAAAUGACCUCUUGUUGGCUUGGGAUACAUUUGGAGACUUCGUCUCAACAGUCAACUUCUCUCUCAGGUUGGCAAGUGGUCUUUCCAUCCUGUCUAUUGCCCUAGCUUCAGUCUUGUCUUCGACAAAGGAGAGUUGGGAGUAGAAUUUGGGACUGAUCUCAGAACUGACCCAAACUUUCUCCCUCCUGAUGUAGUUCUGCCCUUUGUGGCUGACUGAUGUAGAAUUGGAGAUCAACAUGGGCUUAGUUUCCCCCUUGCUGUCUUCCUCUACUCCCUCUCCCUGCCCCAGCCCUUCCCAUUGUAUUCUCUUGUUAUCCUGUAUUUCCUUGUUUCUCUGCCAGUCUGUUUUGCAGCCUGACAUCAAAGGUACCUUGAUCUGAGUUGGGAUCUGAUAACAUCUGACGCUCCUUGAGCGAACCUUUAUUUUUAAGAUGACUACAGACCUAUUUUCUAGAAACGUUUUCAGUCAGAUUCUGAACAGCAACUUUUUCAUUAAACAUCUUCCAGUAUCAGGAAGGUGAGAAGUCUCUGUGGAACAGGCUUGCUGUUCUCAUGCCACCAUCUCCUGUUUUUGUUCCUUUCUCCAUGACCGUGUGUGGGUGCAUGUUUAGGGUUUAUGUUGGGUAAUUCUGCAUAAUCAGACCAUUCUGCCUUGCGCUUUGCCAAAGGCUAAAUAAAGCCUUCUCGUCUUUCCCUUUUCCUCCUCUUCCUUGGCUCUAAACAACAGUUGGGUCCCGUUGGAUCCCAGGCUCCUCUGAUUACUGCCUGUUGCUGUCCUUGCCCAUCCUUCCACAGGUAUCUUGGAUGGUGUGAUGGAGUUUCUGUUAGUUCCUUAGUGUCCUGGGCUCUGAUAGUGAGAGCUCUAGCUCCCUGGAUGAAAGUCUGUGCAAGCUUUUUAGGAAGCUGUUAGUUUUCCUUCUGAGCUAUAAAAAGACUCUGAUGGGGAAUGCAUUUUCACGUGAGGCAGAAGAAUUUCUUAGGAACUUGAUUCUGUUUUCUACUAUAAAAUGUGAAUAGUUAAAAGAACAGAACCUUUUGAAAUUGUUGGCAUUUCUCAGGAAUGAGCUGCGGCUGCAGUGUGUAGGGAACAUUUGAGUAGAAAAAUUUGGAGAUGAGAAAAGUGGCCAUACCAAAAAAAAAAAAAAAAAGAUAGUAUCCCUACCAACCUUGGUUGGAAUUCAGGUGCUCCAAAGUGUUGCUGUCCACAUUCUUCAAAAACUUGAUGUUGCAGACAGAACUAGCCCAUUGGGACCUCAUUGGUCCAAGAGAGAGCGCCGUCCAGUCCAGAAAUUGGCAUUGAGUGGAUGACAGCAGGCAGCCAAUCUGUUGAUGAGUUUGAGCUACAUCGUUAACGUGGGAAAACUUGAUGGCUUCAUUAAACAAAAAAUAUUGAUUAGAAACACAAUUUUUGAAAGAAGGAGCCAUUUUAGUGACUUGUUUUCUCUUGAGGGGAAGGUUACAACCAAAUUCUCUUCCCCCCCUUUUUUUUUUUGGGCGGGGCAGUGAGGGUUAAGAGACUUGCCUAAGGUCACACAGCUAGUAAGUGUCAAGUGUCUGAGGCCAGAUCUGAACUCAGGUCCUCCUGACUCCAGGGCUGGUGCUUUAUCAGAGGAUAAAGCGCCACCUAGCUGCCCUCUCUUCCCUCUUUUAAACCCUCCCACCCUCACCUUGAGACCGAAAGCCUCCCCCAAACCACAUGAGGCUGUAAGCAGUGCUCUUCUGAUGCUGACCCCAAGAGGUUUUCUGAUCUCCCUGGCAUUUAAUAUUUUAAAUUAAACAAGGCCAAGACACCAGCUUCAACCCCCAGCUGCAGGCAAGAUCAGAAUUGGGGGGGAGGGGCGGUCAGGGGUUGGAUGCUAUGGACUGCUGUAUCCUCUUCUGGAAGUUCCUUGGGUGCAUGUCCUUCAGGCAGUGUUUAAGAAACUUGUUGGCAGAGGACCCACCCAUCUAGGUGACCUUAAUUUGCCUUUUCCUUUCUGUGUAGCCCCUCCCUCUGUGCUUCUGGAGACAAUCCUAGUCUUACUGAGAAAUGACCUGUCUUUCUUGCUGUGGUCUUCUCCCUACCAGUUCUGGCCCCAGCUUCUGGAGGUCAGAGUCAGAGUCCUUCCAAAUCUGCUUCACUGUAUCCAAAAUGUAGUUUUAAUGUUCUCAUUCAUUGAGUAGAUGAUUCAGAUGCUGAAGACCACUAGGGUUUAGUGAAAGGGCCCUUCCUUGCAGCGAUCUGCUAUCAAGAACCUUGUUCUUUUUUUUUUUUUCCACCCCAUCAAGAAUGAAAUUAAAGUCUUAAAGGAGUGAGCUGAAACUAUAUCUCUAUGGUUUAUUGCUACUGAAAACAUGAUUGUCUCUGCCAAAAACUAAGCCAGGAGAAGAGAGUUCUGAAGUCUUAGAACUGAGUCUCUUCCCCACAGAAAGACUGGUGUCAAACAUUUUGAAUGAAUGAAUGAAUGGGUGAGUAAGGAGGGGUUACCCUUUUAAGAAAGAGACAAGUCUGUAUUCCUCCCUGACCCUCAGCAAACUAAGGUCUUUUUUGCCCUAUGCUAGUCAUAGAAGCUUAUGGUUGUCUCCCAUUUUCUUCUUCAUUAUCCCAAAUACCAGGUUUUCAUUUCUGAUGACUAGCUUAGGAUUUUCUUUCUUAACCUUCAGAAAGUCACUUAACUUUUCUUCGCCUCAGUUUUCUCAUCUGUAAAAGAAGAACGAAUUAGACCCAAUGACCUCUAAUGUCCCUUCCAGUUCUAGAGCUCAUGACCAUGACUCAGGAAUUGCCAGGUCAAGGGAUUCAGGGCAUUUCUUCUGAGGAGCUGUGGCAGGAUUAAUUGGAUUGAGGGUACACUGCAGGGUCAAACCAGAGUCUGUAAGCGAUGACCCCAUUUGGGAGAUGUGAUAUGAUUAACAGAGAUCAGAAUCUGAGCAGAAGCAGGCAUGGUAAACAAGCAGCCAUGUCAGAAACAUAAAGGAUUGGUUGGUUUACCAAGCCCAAGGCAAGAAUAUCAGAAAUGAGAAUGAGCAGAGAUCAGAGAAGCACCCGACUAGGCUUUAGGCAAACCUAGGGUAGGGUUUGGGGCAGAAGAGCUAUGUCAGCUGAGAAGAGAGCAGAGGCCCUAUCUGCUUGGCUACACCUGAAGUCCUCUUCUAGCUAACCCUGGUUUUCCAGUUAAAACACCUACUUUAUUUUGAUCCAGUGUCUUUUUAACAUAAGACCAGCCUCUUUACCUAGGUCGGACUUUAUGAGGUACUUGCUUUUCUCAGUAGACAUUGUUCUCCCCUCAUGGGUUUUAGCGAUUCCUGCAUUAAAAAUGUUUGGUUGUCAGCAUUUAUCGGAUUGCUAGAGUUGAGCAGGUGUUCCAUGAUUUCUAAUUAUUCUUUGCUUUCUCUUCUUCAUUGUCAGUAAUCAGCUCUAGUGCCAUUUGUGAGAAAGUAGGACUUAAUAAUGUCAACUCCAUUGUGCCCAGUGGCCCCUUAAUGUUGGCUAUUGGCGCUUUAAAAGAGGAUCCUUUCACUGGACCUGAGCCCCCAUCCCCUCUCUUGUCCCAGCAGCGCAGCUGUGCCAAAUCAGCAUUCCUUUGGACGUUGAAGCUGUGCCCGCCUGCUGCAGUCAGUCGCCUGAUUUCUGUCCCCAGGGUCUGUCAGUCAUUUACCCAAAUCUUUAUUUAUCGAGUGUCUGCUGUGUGCAAGAGUUGCACUCAUUUUCAGUUCCAAGGUGCUUCAGGUAGCUGUGUCUGAUUAUUCAGAGGGGAAUCCUCUUUCAAGUCCCUUCCCUUUUCUUCCCAGGUUGGAUGCUGAGCUGUGGGAGCAAUUGCUUUGGGGUUCCUUGUACUUAAACCCUUUAUUGGCUCUGCCUUGUGCUCUUAACUACAGAAAUCAUAGCAUUAGGAGAGAAUCUUUGCCUCCUGUUGUCUGUAUUUGGCCUGCAGAGGGCAGUGUCUUACCCCUAAAGCAGAGUUGGAAUCAAUUUCCCCUUCCUUUGGCAAUCACUCUACAGAGUAAAGUAAAGCCCUCCCCUGCCCCCUUCUCACUGGGUCAGAGCUUUCCCCACUUUGCACAUCUCUGGACCAUAGGUCUGUGGACAGUCGGUGGGCUCUUUAUUAAUCUGCGUAACCCAAUCACAGUGGAGAGGGUAGAAGGGAUUCCAUUGGAAUGAGUGCUUCAUUCUUAGGCAUCUCUUUGGAUUCUGGAUUUUGAUGAGCUUUGACCAUCCCUAUAAUUUGUUGCUUUUCAUUUUCCCCAAAUGAAGAUGGACUCAGAGCCAAGAGAAGGUGGGCCACAGUUCCCAGGGACUGAAGUCUUGUCACUGUUUUGCUCAUGGUAAUUGUUUUGGGAUUAAGGUUCUUUUAAUGUUAGAUUGGAGACCAAGUCAAAUUUUUACUUUUCCCCCUUAAAACUACAAGGAUUUAGUUGAUACACGGAUUAUUUAUUUUCCCAUUUAUCCCUUUGGGGAAUAUUAACUGCUUCCUAUGGGCUGGUCCUGGAAGUUGAUCCCUUUUGUUGAAACUCAAAUACAGGAAAGGUCUUUAGGUUCUCAUGUUAAUCUUACUACACUUCCCCUUUGCUUAAACUCUGCAGACCUGGCAGACUGCAUUUUAUAUCUGGGAUGCCAGAAUGGAAAACCUGAGGUUUGGGGGGAAUGUGACUAAGGUAAAACAAGUUCCCUAAGGUGUGAAAACUUUUACCUUGCCCCUGCCUAACAAUUGGAGCAGGUGGAGAGCUGCUUGGAAGCUUGGUAAUCAUCUGGCCAAAUGGGGUACUUGAAAGGGAAGUCUCCUCUUCAGCAUUGGAGAGCAUUGGUUCUUGAAAAUGAAGUUACUCCACAUCCCAGGCUUGGAAGACUCCAUGAAUCAAGCAAGUGUGGCAUGCCCAUUCUAGCUCCGUGUUCCUUCCCUACUCUUUAGUCCUGAUCUUAAAAACAAAACAACCUAUCUGUGCCAAGGCUAAUUUACUUGAAACCACACGACUAGCCCCAUCCUAUAUAUAGGAUAGAGAUCAGAUUAGAUGAGCAGGAUGAAUGGUCCAUCCCACUUACUAACUUCCCCAUGUCUGUGUUAGUCUCACCGGGCAUUGGUGGUCCAGUGCCUUUCCUUCACCUCAAGAUGGAAUCCAUCUAUUUCUACCUUGGUGAAGCCGCCCUCUUCCUGAGGGGGGUGAGGUAGUCCUUGAAGGUGUCUCGGAGAAACCAAAGGACACUUGCAUGUUGGGUGUCCGUUUUAAGCUUCUUUUUAAUAAUCUUUUAUAAAGAAAAUGCUCAUUCCCCUUGUCCUGUGCAGCUGACUCCCUUGUCCUCUUGCCCCUUUCCUUUCAGCGCCAUUUUGAAUAAAAAGGCUACGGCUAGCCAGAAAUUGUGCCGAGACCACUUCCUUACCCACUCAUCUUUCCACUCCCUUCCUUUUCAUUAUCAUUCUGGAUGGAAAUCAGAGGCUGCCAGCCAAGGCCUUUAGGCACUUCUGUAUAAUUCCAUGGGUUUUGUGGGAUUUUUUCUUUUGUUUUUGCUUUGGUUUUUAUUUUAAUUGUUCUUCAAAACCAACAGGUAUUUGGAAACAUAGGACAAUUCUCACCAAUGGUUGCUGUUAGUUAGAUCAAUAAAGAUCUUGACUAAAAA